AUGUCAGACCCAACCAAGAGCCAAGAUAAGCAAGGCUAUACGGGGGGUGCGAAGCAGUACUAUAAUCAGCAGUACGAAUCCUGGUAUCCGUGGAUCGAGGACCAGUAUUUGAAAUGGUUCACGAAGGAUAACAAGGCGAGCUACGCAACCAAGGAUGCCCUCGACAAGUCCAAAGUCACCGGAAUUGACCAAGUCGAUAAACUUCAGGAUGGUGUGAACGGACUUGUUGCUGGACAAGUCGGCAAAGGCGGCCUUGCGCAACCUAUUGGAGACUAUGUGUCGAAAGAAGGCGUGAACAGAAUGGAACGAGGAGGGAAAGAUGACAAUGGAGAAUUCACGCCUGGUGGUGCUGGGGAUACAUAUGUCAAUCAGGCGAAGGGGGGCGUCUCGAGUGGUGCCAGUGCGGUGGCGGAUGGUGCGAAGGGUGUUGGUGGGAUAGCCACCGGGUGGAUGGGUGGUCAGAAGGAGGGAGAGCAGAAGAAGUAGACACAUUGUCUGAUGCACGAUGAUAUGCUAAUUUCUUCUUGUUGAGAUUCGGACCAGGUUUCAGAAUCCUUUCAUGUCAACUAUAUCUUACCUUUGCAUACACAAAAAGUUGUGGUUAAGUGCUCAUCGAUACUACGAUUAUCAUGCCGUAAGCUUCUCCGCAAGCACGAAGCC